AAUUGAUGUUUCAUUAGGUGCAUAGUAUUUUCUUGAAGAGAAUAUUCAUCAUGAACUUGAAUUAUGUUAUUGUGGUUACUGUUUUAGAAGGAAAAAAUUUUCCUAACCGCCAUGACAAGUAUUUGGUUGUUGAUGCUAAAUUCGAUGGAGAAGUUAUGUCGACUGAUCCUGUAAACCAUGUUAUGCGUCCUUUUUUCAAUACAGAAUUGGGAUGGGAAGUUGAUAAAAAAGGUCUGCAAAUGCAUAGGCUUCAAAGAUCACCUAUAAAAUUACAAUGGUAUGCUGUGGAUUUGGAUUUAACCAAAAAGGAAACUAUUGGUUAUAUGGUUCUUGAUAUACGCUUGGCACAAGAGAAACUGGAGACACCAAAGUGGUAUCCAUUACUCAAUUCUAAAUAUCAGAAAGAGAAACCUGAAGUUAUGAUGUCUUUAUCUCUUGAAAAGUCUGUUGAAGAACCUCAAACUCCAUCAUCAACCCACAGUUAUAGGAGAAAUUCCUUGAAUCAAGACAGAAAUGUCUUCAAAAAACAGAGUAUUAGUUCUAGACCAUCUCCAAGGCAACCUCCAACCAAAAUUCCUAUUAAUGUACCAAGCUCUAAUCCCCAUUUGGAGCCAGUACUUCUUGCUCAAGCUGGAUUUUAUCAAAUUGGACCCUCUCAGUUGUGCAAUGAAAAGUUUACUUUCUCCAUUACUUUAUCGUAUGCAGCAAAUCUAAAUAAGCUCUCCCCACCUGCCAUGUUAAAAUCUUCCAAAGGAUUCUUUUUUUAUUAUUCUCUGUUUGACAAUGAUGUUACUACAGAGAAGUUUUCUAGUCUCAAUGAACCAGAAUUUCUUGCUGAACGAGCAACUGUUCAAAUAUCUAGUUCAUCUGAAAUUUUAUCACAAUAUUUUGAGCAGCACCCAAGUUUAGAAGUCAUACUUUGUUGUGGUGAUAUUUCUUUGGGUUCUGGGCAAAUUCCUUUGGGUCUUCUCUCUACCGUUAAAGAUAGAGAUAAAGAUGAAGAACCACUUUGUAUCGAAGGUAGUGUUCGGAUCAAUCCAUUGGAAAACACAUCUCGAGUCGGAGGCGAUGAUCUUUCACCAUUUAUUAGGGUUUCAGUUGUCUUGCAAUCUAUUAAAAAGGAAAGAGAUGCUCAUCAACACAAGCAAGAUAAAAUUUCUGCAGUUGAUAAUUCUGUGUCACGAGAAAAAACUCAAGUACAGUCCCUUUUUAGAGUCAGCAAUCCACAUGAAAAUUCUAGUUUCGUUCAGAAAACGUUUUGUCCUAAAAUUGACGAAGUCCAAACGAAUCACAAUAAUAUGAGUGAUAAUUCAUAUGGAUUGAGGAGCAGAAAUGCUAGCUUAAUUAAUGGUUCAAAUCCUGGUUCAUGUAACCACUCCUCUGACAAUAGCCCACCUGAAGUUAGAGAUAAUAUUUUAAGUAGUCCACCCAAUUCUUUACCUAUUAAGGAUGACAGCAAUGCUCGUCAUUUUUCAUUUUCAUUGGAUCUAUCAAAUUUUCAAGCUACAAGAUUAGCUCAUCCGAUCAAUCUUUUUAUUAGGUACUCGUAUCCAUUUUUUGGUACAACUUCAUCAAUGAUAACUCAUCCCGAUGUUGAAGUUCAUCCAAAACGGGAAGUCAGUAUCCCACAUGGGUACUGUUCUUUUAAUUUUGCCACCACAUUUUCUAUGUUGAAGUCUACAUUUUGGGAGACUCCUCUUAUUUUGGAAAUUCUGCACAGAAAAAAGGAUGGUCAAGAGCAACUUGUAGGAACUGCUAGAAUAAAUUUGUUUCAAGUUUUAGAUGCGCCAUCUCUUAGUCACGUGGUUGAUAAGAAACAUGGUAAACGUCAAAUGAACACAUGCAAAGUUAUGGUUAUGUCUCCUGAAGGAUAUGAAAUAGGAGAAAUAUUUGCUUCCUUGUCAUUGAUUGAUUUCGGGCCUACAUCUGUUCUGUGUGAUCAUCAUUCUUCUAAAUCCAGUUUACCCUGCUAUAAUGAGGUUCGCAGUGCGAUACCCAGUUUUACUCUUCCUAUAAUGAGACAAAAUGGUUUGACUCAAGAUGAGUUACUGCAGGCUGCAUUAGAGGUAGAGCUUUGGCAAGAGCGCCAAAGGGAAAUUUUCCGUGUUCAGCUUAAGGAAAAAGAAAUGCAACACUUAUCAUUUCUGACAUCUGAAUGGAAACAAAGAGAUAAAGAAAGAGAAUUAUUAUUACAACGAAAGCUUCAAGAGUGCCAAAAAUUAGAAGAUAAAUUGAAAGUAACUUUGAAGGAUGCUGAAUUAAAAGAAAAACAAUUAUCUUCUCAAGAAACAGAGCUUUCUAUGAAACUUCUUAAACUUGAUAAAGAGAAAGAACAACACCAAAGAGAAACAAAAAAUCAAAUUGAAUCUAUCAAGCAUGAAUAUAAUGAGAUGCUAACCAUGGAAAGAAUGAAGUCUAGAGAAUUAGAACAGAAAAACAGUUCUUUGAUUCGUCAGAUCAAGGAAUUAGAGCGUGAUAUCCAAGAUCAACGUGCUGUCUUUGAAAGUUUGAAAAUGCAAGCAAACAAAGAUCCGGAUGUUCAUUUGCGAACAGAAGUUAAUAUUCUUAUCAUGGAAAAAGCAGAACUUCAACAGAAACUUGAGACUGCCUUAUCAUCAAAACAAAAGUACAAAAUUCAGUGGGGUCAAGUAGUACGCCAAAUGUCUGCUCUUCAGCAGAAACUUCAUAAUAUGGAGUGCUUAGAAAAAGAGAGAAAGGAAAAAAUUUCAUCUUUCCAGCAAAGAAUUUUAUCAUCUGAAGAGAAGAAUGCUGUGCAAACUAAUGAUGAAAUUCAUGGUAUUGUGAAAGAAAAAGUUGAGAGCUUGAAAUCUGUUGUAUCCCCUGAAAGUAUUAAACAGCAGAUGCGCCAGAUGUCUUUAGCUGUGCAUGGUGCAGAAACAUCUCAUUUAAACAGCCCUAUUCAAAACCACCACUUAAUUUCUAAUGCUACUGUGAACAGGCUGAUAUCUAAUGGUCCUUUGCAGAACUCUAGUGCCAAAUGUUUAACUAGUAUUUCAGAUGAAGUGACUGAAAAACACAAUUCAAAUGAACACUCUAGUCCUUCAGGAUUAGAGAAAAGUCCUGUUUCUAUGACUUUACACUCAAAGCCAUCAGGUAUUCCAAAACUCUCAAAAGACUUACCAGAUCUGAAUGGUAAUACUACUUCUAAAGACAAUAAUUUUCUUCAAAAAUUACUUGCUGACAAGGAAAAACUUAUUUUGUCUGGUUACAAAGAACAGCAUAAAGCUAUAAAGGAUCUUAACAUUCAUAUUGAUAAAGCAAAGCUAACAUCAAAAUGAAUAAUUUUUACAAUAUAUUUUUUCAUUUGUGAAUUUUUCAUUUUUUACAUUUAAGUGUGUAACUUAUUUAUUUUUCAUCUGUGUGUUUUUUUUAUUACUGUGUUAAAAUAUUUAUUUAAAAAUAAGUUUUAUUUUGAGUCUGAAAAUGCAAUCCGAGUGACAGUGGGAGUGAAUUUUAGAAAUUAUGUAUGUACCUUUUUUUUUAAAAAAAAUUUUUUUUUGCUGUCAAAGCAUGGGUGAUGAAAGAUAAAAUCUCUAUGUAGUAAACUGUCUUAAAGUUAUUAUUGAACCAGCUUGCAUAGAUAAGAUACCAUCUUAAAAUUAUACUUUUUAAUCUUAAUGCAUGGUUUAAAACUAUCUCUGUUUUGUUUAUAAUCGUAAUUCUAAAACAUUUUGGUUACUAAGGUCAAAUGUAAUUCAUUUUUUGCUUUUAUGAUAUUUUUUUUACAGUGUCCAAAUAUAUUUUUGUAAUGAAAUCUUAUUUUAUGAAUAAAAACCAGUGAAAAUCAGGAAAUUAAUAUUUAGAUACAUUUUACUUUGCAUAAUUUAAUAUCAAAAUUCUAAAUUAAUUUUUAUUUACUUUAUUUACUUACUAUUUCACACUCAAAAUAUAAGUAGUUUCAAAUGAGCUAUUUGGGCGAUUCUUAUAAUUCUCAAUGCAAACAAAAUAUAAUAAGUUUGAGUAUUUUUGUAAAUUUCUCAUUAUAACAUGUAUAUAUAUAUAAAAA